CGAACUGCUGCCACUGUCGUCCAAGUCAUCGUCCUCUCACCAUCACUCUGCCCUACCUCUACCUACGCUUAGCCAGUCAGCACGCUAUCUUCCCAUGCCUCGUGUGGCUCCACGGGCCAGAUGUGCAAGUCACCCGUGGAAACGGUGUCACUCAGCCAGUGCCUCUGGUAUGUGAUCUGUUCACUUGGCCGGCACUGACCGUGAGAAGCCGGGUAGAAAGCUGCUAUCCUCAAACGGUGGCAGAUUUGUCGACAUCACCGCCUUUGCCCAAGCCAGUUACAUGCAAAUCGAGUGCGGCUGUCUCCUUAAGCGGUGCCCUUCCGGCUUCGAGGCUGACAGGCGUUGGGGCUCGGAUGUUUGCUACUGAAUGGUAACUGGGCUACCCGUCUGCUUUGACCCGAGCCCUGCCUUCUCCCCGACCUCUCAGAGACUGGGCACCGCGCCCGCCUCUUGCUUACUCCAUCGUCCGUCUGAUUGCACUUUCUGGGGACGGACCUUUCAGACGCCGUACGCCGGCCAUCUACCCAGAGCCACCAUGUGACCGCUCGUAUUCGGGCUCUGUCAGGUUACUGGGUCAUAGAGACACCAUGGCAAUAUCAUGGCUGAUGAUGCAGAGACAUAUACUGUGCCGUCGUCACAGCAUGGCCCCACCGUUGCCGAGCUAGUAUACUGUAAGUCAGAAUGCUGACUGUGGCUGUGUGCUUUUCGAUUUCCUACUAAUGGCAUUGUGAGUGGAGUGGGUGAGUCGGCCGACGUUGCGUCGUGCCGGUCCACCAUUCUGUUGCUUUGCCCUCGUUCCUCAUAUCCUUGGCUCAACGUGCACCACACUUGGACCUCUUCUAGUCUUCGUCCGUCUUCGUCCCGCUGGGUCAUCAUGGGGAGUUAAAACACUGCGUGGAGACGUGGGCUUCGUGCCAAAUGCCGCUCUAAUCCUUGUUAACUGAAGAGCCGGCUUUCCCAAUAUACUGUUGCGCAAGUAUCUUUUUUGGCUGGCAUCUCUUGGAUCAGCAUUGUCAUCUUCCAUCAGCCAUUCAUUCUAUUUCACGACCAACCUGUUACAUCGCAAAGUACCUAUAUGGUGCCCUAAGUGCAUUUCUUACGCUAGACGCCGCUUAGGCCCCCGGACAGGAUUGGCAUCCCACGCCGAUUCAGAGAGCCUACGACGACUGCAGGGCCGCGCCGAGGACAGCAGUUACUCGAAAGAAGCUGCUUGCUCCCUCGAGACUUAGCUGGCCUGUGCCAUCAGCAACGGUCCGGUCUGAGUAGUCUGUCCACCAGCACGCCCUUCAGUGCCGUCGACGAGCCGUGCCAAGGUUAAAUCACAACGGCUGGUUAUUGAAUAUUGCCGUCACGCGAAAUCCGAUUUAAUCACGACUAGGCACAAAACCAGCAAGCAGUACUCCUUGCCCUCUUUGAUGUUGUUUUAUUCGGUUGCAUUGAGCCAUUUGGUGAGGGAGAGCGUUCGCCGCCAGCCUUUUCGCUUAUCGACACGGGGGAUAUCGUCUCGAUCCAGGUCUGUUUCCCGAUAACCACAUCCAAAGUCCCCUCGAGCUUGCAAACAGCAAGCUCGGCCGCCCCUUCGGUCAACAUUGCGCAUCAAAGGCAGCAGUUGACACCUCACAUUUCAUCGACUCCCAUUUCGAGCGCGUGGUACCCAGUCGGCCACGCCCAAGGCGUGGCUUAUAGAGCAAGCCGCGGGUCAAGCGCAACUGGCCAGGAGGGAUUUCAGCCAGCAGGAUACUGGAGCGGACAUGAGCAACCGGCGGCAAGGAGACUGGGGGAGCCGUCUACGCAGUUGCAGCAGAUAGGAGAGAGCCGGCCAACACAAAAUCCUCUUCUUCCUGCCCAUCAAUACGCCUGGACGUUAGCUCAACAACAAUCACCGCAAGGUGAGCAGCAGCCAUCAAACGCGGCUCAACUUGCACUGCAAAAACAAGGGAUGGCUGCUCAAGUUCUAACGACGUCGGCGUUGCAAUUUGUCCCUACUCAAGAACAACUCCCCUAUGGGCACGAUGGGCCUCCCAGCUUUGGAAGCGGCCAUUCUGGCCACCCAUCUUACAGUUCCCAUAACGUACAGCAACCACCACUGAUGGCGUCGCCUCAAACAGUGCACAGGAACCCAUCGAUUCGAGGGCAGAGACAAGCGUCACGUUCUCCGCGAGUAAACCCAAGCGCUGCAACCUUUGGUGACCGAACACCUAUACGGCAUUACAGUUUCCGGGCUGGCGCUGCGCGUGGGCGCAGUCUGAGUCGAAGCGAAGCGUUUCUAGAAGCCUAUGCCCAGCAGAGUCAAUUACAGUUACAGCAAAUGCAGUCUUCAACAUUGAUACCUACGAUACCCUCACAGCCUGAUUUGGCAAUGCCGUCGCCGAUGUACAACGAAAUGCCUACAACAUAUAGCAUGCAGCAACCUUUGUCGAUGACGGCAUUUCCAGCUGGCAAUGACAUGGUCAUCUCCUCUAUGUCAUCGAACCCCAGAAUAUCGCAGAGGACGGUUGCAACGAUGCAACAGCGGCAGAGGAAAAACGAGGAGGUCGACCUUCAAGGAUUCUACGCGUCCGCCGAGGCUUUAACUCCUUCCAGUGGCGUGUCAAUGAUGGAUAUACAUCAACAACCCCCACCACAACCGACUUCUGAUAUCGGACCGUCGUAUGCCCUUUACAGGUCGACGGGGCGCACUCAGGACGGUGGCACCCUCCAUCAACCGCCACCGGCGGCGCGUCUCCCCUCCAACACGUUGGACGAUAUGCAACAACCGUUCCCUCCGCCGGCCAACUUAACCUUGGAAUCCACGCCCACGCCGAUCGAGCUCAAGCCGUCACGGCCCAAACCGCAGUGUUGGGACCACGGAUGCAACGGCAGGCAAUUCAGUACGUUCUCGAACCUGUUGAGGCAUCAAAGAGAAAAGAGUGGGAGUGCCGCCAAGGCCGUGUGCCCGCACUGCGGAACAGAAUUUACGAGGACAACCGCAAGGAACGGCCACUUGUCUGGUGGCAAGUGCAAGGGGAUGGCCGAUUUGGGCUCGGAGGCCGCAUCGAGCAGCGCCCAAGAAUGACUCGAAGGGAUCGACAGGUUCUUUCAUGUCUGCCUAGUUGUUGUAUGUUUUACGUUUUUGGACACCAACUUGGACUUGGACCCGACCAGUAUAUUAUUGUAGGUUCCUGAAACACGCCACUACUAGUAUUUUACGAUAAAGUACUAAAUAAGCAGAUCAACUAUACCCGACCGAGGUAAUAGCCUGUGAUUGAGAUAUUGUACUAUAAAUACAGUGUAUGUAUAUAUGUCGAGAGGUUCGAGUCAAGGUAGUGAGAACACCUCGAUUCCAAAGCCUGGCAAGGUCCAUGACAAGAGGUACAUAUAUCCACUAAAUAACUCAGGUACGCUGUACUACCAGUAUCAAGUACCUUACUACCUAGUACUUUACCCAUAUCCUUGGGUUAGCGAAGUCGAUCGCCCAUUGCCGUAAUAGAAAAUCAGGUAUACAAGCACGAG